UGGUCACGGCAGAUGCGUCUCCAAUUAUCCAGGGGCAAAUCCCGGGGUUUCGCUGCUCCUUUUCCACUCUAGACCCACGCUGAUAUCUGAGCAACGCGGUCCACGCAAGAAAUUGACGUAUGAAUCGAUUAGUUGAUGGCUGAUUUGGGUUUGCGCCCAAGUUUACGCAAAGGAAAAUCAAACAAGGCACCAACAGAUGGAAAAUCUGAUAAAAGACUCCUCCAAAAUGCCAGAAAUGAUGCGUGAUUUGAAAGUACACUGUGUCUCUGGCUGUGAUGUGACCGAUGCUGGACGUGUUAUGUAAAACUGCCCUUCGUUUCAGUAGACAUGCUGCUCUCCACCCCGGUGCCCCUCAGUCCUCCCUGCCGCCUCCGUAAACGGUCCUAGUGGCUGAAAGGCAGGCCACAUGCGCCGCGUUCACUUUGCAAAGCUACACUGGUGGACUUGUCGGAUGUUAAUGGAUACUAAUGGGCAUAUUUGAGGAGAGCGGUGGCUGCGGCUGCUCGGUUCAGCACGCUGGAGAGCGCUCCGGGAAAUUAGAGAGGUCGGCGGCGCGGGAUGCUUGAGGACUUCACUGAAAUCCAUUCGGGGAUCUGCUGGAGAGGUGAGCGACGGGUGACCAUGUUUCAUCUGAAGUGCUUAAUACCAUCCACGGGAGCAGUUUACCGCAGAGUGGACUUUCUGGAAUAAGACAUGGACUUUGCUGAAAUUAUUUUCGCUCUGUUCAUCGUCGUGGUCGCGGUCAUCUCGCUGCUGUCAAACUUGUUGGUGCUGCUAUGUUUCGUGCACAGCACCGAGAUACGCCGACAGGUUCCAGGUGUGUUCACCAUGAACUUGUCCUUCUGCAACAUACUCAUCACCGUUCUGAACAUGCCGGCCACUUUAGUGGGGAUCAUCAGGAAGCAGCAGCCCUUUGGAGACUGCGUUUGUCACACGGUGAGCUUUCUGGAGACUUUUCUGACCGCCAACACCAUGCUGAGUAUGGCAGCUCUCAGCAUAGACCGGUGGAUAGCGGUGGUCUUCCCGCUCAGCUACUCCACUAAGAUGCGCUACAAGGACGCAGUGAUUAUGGUGUGCUACUCCUGGCUGCACUCCUUCACAUUCUCCCUCACGGCUCUGCUCUUCUCCUGGGUCGACUACAGCGACGUUUACGCGUCUUGCACUUUGCAGCCCAACGAGGAAGACCGCGACAGGAUUAAGUUUACAAUCUUCACCAUCGUUUUCCACGUUACCAGUUUCAUGCUGUCGCUUCUCAUCUUGUGUUUCACCUACUUAAAGGUGUUAAAAGUCGCCCGGUUUCACUGCAAGAGGAUUGACAUUAUCACAAUGCAGACUCUUUUUCUGCUGGUCGACAUUCACCCCAGCGUGAAACAAAGAUGUUUAGCUGAGCAAAAGAGGAGAAAGCAGAGAGCCACAAAGAAGAUCAGCAUCUUCAUCGGCUCAUUUAUCGUCUGCUUUGCUCCUUAUGUAAUUACACGGCUGGCUGAGCUUCUUCCCUUCGUGGACAUCAACCGCCACUGGGGAAUCAUCAGUAAGUGCCUGACAUACAGCAAGGCUGCGUCCGACCCCUUUGCCUACUCCCUCCUGCGUCAGCAGUACAGGAAAGUCCUGGUUACCGUCGUCAACAGGCUGCUCCGCCGUGACCUGUACCCUUCAUCUGGCCAUAACAGCUCUUUAGACACCGAGAAUGACUACUGUCUCCAGAGGAUCAGCUAAUGGCAAACACAGGACACAGCAGAUACACACUACAGUCCAAGCCAAAAAUAAAGGUUGCCUCUUGAAAGACUGUAGGCGGAGGAGGUAGAAUUUAGAGCGAGAGAGAGAGAGACGACUGGAUAUUGUUAGCAAGGGAAAAGAGCGUAGAAAGAGAGGACACAUGGUGGGUGGAGGGCAAAAAAAAGGGAAAAAUACGGAAGAUAGUGGGUGGAGAAGAAUGAAAAGACAGUAAUGAAGGGGAGGAUGAAGAGGCUAAAGGGUGAAGAAGAAAUGGAUGAGGGAGAGGCAGGAACAAUGUGGAGAUGUUGGCCUGACAGAUGACAGUAUCGGUAAACAAGGGAUGUGUGAUUCAUCACCGACAACAAACCACACAAACCACAAAGAUGCACACACAGAUCAAUCCCACUGAAUCUGUUAGGGUUCAGAUUAAUCUCAGACUGAAAGACCACACAGCUGGAGAUGUGCCCUUCCUCACUUUGACAGAUAUGUAAAAAGUGGCCUUUUGUACUGUACCAACCUCUUUAUAGUUCUGGCACAUCCACAUGAUCUGAUCCAGCCACACUGCUGUGACAGAACCUGGUAGGCGGUUAAGUGAAGUUUUUCCAGCGUCUGGAUAAUGGAUGUACUCUACUGCUGCACAUUAUUGCCAUGUUCUGUAUUGACCGUGUUAGACUACUUGCAGUGUCAUGUCAGUCACUGAAUAUUGAUGCACUUUGUCUAAUUCUCUCAGAGCUACCAUAGUUACAGGAGCCAAAGGCAAUUGAAAUUUACACCAUAAUGUUGAAGGGUAAGUCUGGUGAUCGCCUAUAGUUUUUUCAUUGUCUACAACUUCCAUGAAAUGACAAAAAAAAAGUACAAUAUGUUGCGAGCUUUCCUAACUUUGUGUAUUUUGGGAUUUUUUUUGUCUUCAUUUGAGUGACAGAAGCUGACUGACAGUGAACAAAGGAAAGGGAUAAGACUUGCAAAAUAGGUUCAGGUCCUUAACCAGAAUCAAAAUAGAAACAUUUCAACUUUAGGGAUGUGUAUUCUAACCAGUCUGCCACCAGAGGCCUCAGUGAGAUAAGUGCUUCAAUUUGAAAAAACUCGUUUUAGUUCAGGGGCCACAUUCAGCCCAAUUUGAUCCCAGAAAAUCAGGGCUUAAUAACCUAUAAAUAAGGACAACUCCAAAUUCUUCCCUUUGUUUCAGUGCAAAAAAGCACAUUCCACAACGUUCACAUUAAAUGAAUUAUCUUUUUACAAAACAUCCUGAAUAAUAUGAAGUUUCUUAAGAAAAAUAAGUGAAAUUUCAACAGUGUUAUGCCUCAGUAUAUCAUUUACACGGUGCAUUUACAAAGACACAAAACAUUUUGUCGCAGGUAUCUGGAACUGAUCAAAAAUAGUAUUUUACAACUUGUCAGGAUCUAGAAAUGAUUGAAAAUGUACAUUUAUUUCCACACCUGUGUAGUAAUCCUGACAUACCACACAAACUAAACAUUUAAGAAAGAAGGUUCAGUUGUCCCCAUGCCUUGUAAAUGUCCAAAAUUUAUACACAAAAAAUGCAUAAAUGUUAUGGCAGUGCAUCAACAAUAGCCAAUAUUAUAUUGCACAAUGUUCAAUGCCUUAAAUAUUUUCACAGUAUGGAUUCAUUUUCGCCACUCACACUUUGUGAAGUCAUCCUGCGGCUUGGAUUGGAGCCUCUGGCAGGACAGUUUUGGCCCACAGGCCGUAUGUUUACCACCCCUGCUCUACAGGCAUUUAUGAAACCACUAAAAGCUCUUUUUGGAUCAAAGUUACAUAUUCUGCAGUUUCUUUUCAUGAAAAGCAUCCCCUCCUGUCUGACACUGGCUUAGAUAAAGAAGUCUCUGCUUCUUUCUUCACCAACACCUCCUCCACUAGAUGCUGCUCUAAGUGCUGCUCACCUGCAGCUCAGCUUCAAAACUGCAAAACUACUCUGCAUGACACAAUCACAAGAUGUAAAACUGGAGUAAUUUAUCCAUAAAAUGAUUCUGAGAUCUGUUUACCAUGUGUUUGCUUAGUCUGCAAAGUGUCACAGUUGUGUCGUACGUUGUUUAAUGAACUCUCCUGUGGAUUAAACCAGCAUAUUCUCAACUCCAGGAGGCAGGAGGCUUUCCACUCCUUGGCGCCAGACCAUAAAAAUGUUCCAGAAAUUCUUUACACGUGUACAUCUAAAAUUGCUUUCAAAUAUCUAUAGCUGUAAUCCUAACCUCCUAAGAUCUGGACACCCCAGAAUCUAUUGAUUGUUGGAUUUGGUCUUUUCAUGGGUUUUGUUCACAGCAUUUGAACACAGCGUAGCACCAGACUCACCCUUUAAAGUGUGACUUUGUAACUGAAUGUACUAGAUAGCCCACUUUUAUCUGAAAUGCAUUUGUACAAAUGUGUUUUGUUUUUUUCGUUCAGUUUUUGCCAGUUGACUGGAAAAAUGUUUCUAUGGAUAUUUACACAAUCUGGGUAUAUAUUUUGCACUGUAAAGGAACAACGUUUUGUCUAGAUAAUUGGGCAGCAAUGUGAUGUAGCAUAGGAAUGGUUUUAAAGUGCUUUAAAACUAAAACACACUCCUUUGUGUUUGUGCCAGGUUUGAUAUGUGACUUUUUCAGCUGCUCUAUACUUAAACCAGAAGAGCUGCUUUAUUAUUAAAAAUCUAUUUAUUUUGAUGUAUUUUACUCACAUGUAUUUUUCCUCCUGAAGCCACUUGCUGUUCUUUGACAGUGUGAUUAGCUGUUAGUGGUACAUGUGCAAUAAAAGCUGUCAGUUAUAAA